AUGCCUAGACGGCGGGGAUCAGGUGUCUUCUGUGCCAACUGUUUGACUACCAAGACAUCACUGUGGAGGAAGAAUGCCAACGGGGGAUACGUCUGCAAUGCGUGUGGCCUUUAUCAGAAACUUCACUCGACUCCAAGGCCACUAAACAUAAUCAAGCAGAAUAACGGAGAGCAAAUCAUUCGUCGUCGCACACGGAAGCGCCUAAACCCUGAAAGUGUUGCGACAGACCAAGCAAGCUCCAAGCAGCAGCGUGUCAGCACUGAGGAUCGGCUUAAUGGAAGCCCAUUGGAGCGCAGGUCAGACGAUCCUGGAAUUGAACCCCAUGUCCAGCCAGGCAAAGGCCAGCCCAGCCCAUGCUCCACCCACGCCUUCCUGCUUAGCCAGACGCUGGAGAUCCACAAGCGAAUGCCACCUCUGAAUGCUCACAAGAGCCCUGGUGAGGGGACAGGACCCGAGGGCAAUGGACCAGGAGCAGGCACACAGAUCGCUUCUGAAAGAGGCAGUCCUAUCGAAAAGUACUUACAUCCAUCUAAGCAGGCAAGCUACUCACCUCCAGGCAGCCCAAUAGAAAAAUACCAGUAUCCUGUGUUAAGCUUACCUAUGGUCCCCACUGAGCUGCAGAGUGAGACUGACUGGCUACGCUUUUGGGCCAAAUACAAGAUGGCCAUGCCAGGCAACCCAUGGCCUCACUUCGGUCUACCUAACCCAUGCCAAAGCUUUGUGCCUUACCCCACUUUUAGUCUCCCUCCUCACUUCCAACCACCUCCACCUUCUGGACCUGAAAGUGACACCCCUCUUGAUCUGGCUAUUAAGCAUCAUUCCAAACCCAGCCCCCUGCCCAAUGGUUCCACUGUGCCCAAGGAAAAAGUCCCGCUGGAAAAAUGGUCACCUCCAAUGGCAGAUAAGGACAAAGAGGAGGAUGUCAUCAUGUCACAGCCUGCCAAGGGCUGUGAUCAGGGUACCCAGGAUGAGCUCUGCAGCAAGUGUGCCCACUGUGGGAUUGUCUUCCUGGAUGAAGUCAUGUACGCUCUGCAUAUGAGCUGCCAUGGUGAUGGUGGGCCCUUUCAGUGCAGCAUCUGCCUACAUGCCUGCUCUGAUAAAUAUGACUUCACCACCCACAUCCAACGAGGCCUCCACCGCCCUGCGGCAGACACCAGUGCUAAGGCCACAGAUGAGUGAAGCACAGAUACAGGAGUACGGAAGGAAGUCAUUCAAAGACUCAGCGAAAGAGAAAAGAUAGAUUUUAAUCUAUCUAUGCAUAGAUUUUUUUUUCUAUGAUCAAAAGGUGCCAAUUUGGCUCCUGGUGCCUCAGCAGCAUGUAAGGAGCUUUUUAUCAUAGCAUUUGU